CAUAUAUAUGAACCAAACAUUAACAUAAUUAUUUAAAAUAUUUUUAUAUGAUGAACACAAUAAUCAAAUAAACCGAUGUAUGCGAACAAAAUACAUAGUUACAUAGGUUUAAAUAAAUAUAGUAAUUGCAUGUUGCAAAUUUUAAAAUUUUUCUUAUUGUCAGUGACAAUCAUAUCCUUUCUCUACAAAAGUCUACAGGUGACUGAAAAGCUGUUUUUUAAAUAAACAGAUUAUCUCAGAUUAUCGAACAAAUUUUAGGAGAGAAUUCUACGAAGAAGUUGUAUACAUCGUAAUAAGAAGAUUGUUAGGCGAUCUCAGACAAAUUGAGUUAGUAGUAUUUAAGUUAUGUUUAAAUAGACAAGAGCUAUAAGACGAGAGUUAUAAGAAACGGAGUGUAAAGCAACUGUGAGAUAAAUAAACUUGAGGUUCCACGAGGACAAGUUCGACGAAUGUGGAUACGUAUGAUACAAAUGUCACUGCCAUUGUUACAAUUGCUAUCAUUGUCACCUUUAUCACCACCACCGCUACCACCAUCAAAGUUAGCGUUUUUUGCCGUACAACGGCCUUUGUACCCUUCGCUUAGAAGGGGUAGCUUAAAUAUAGACCCGGCGAGACUCCGGCCGAGUUCAGUGUGAAACCACCAUCCUCUAGAGUCACUUUCUUCGCGCCGGACGCGUGCUUUCCGCGUGGAACUUUUGUCGUGUGCGUUUCAGCUGGCGAAAAAGCUCGACGUGCGAUUCGGAGGGACGUUUUCGUCUUCGCAAAACUCUCGUGUCCAAGAACUCUUCUCGCGAAAAAAAGCAAGAGAGAAAAAUUAUUGCAAUGGCAUACAGCUGGGAUAAUCGCGUUAAUUUCAUAGUGAAAUUUCUGUAUGUUUAAAAUAAGUGCGCUUAGUGAGAAGAACAUCCUGUAUAACUGCAGAUAUUGACAAAAAUGGAUAUUUGGAUAAGCACGAUUUCGAGUGCAUGGCAUUAAGAAUGACGCUGAUCGAAGGCAAGGGCGAAUUCAAUUACAGCCGGUACCAAGAAAAUCUUCACAUCAUGCUCUCUUUGUGGGAGGAAAUAGCCGAUCUGGCAGAUUUUGAUAAGGAUGGCGUUGUAACGAUAGAAGAAUUUAAAAAGGCUGUACAAAAUAGUUGUGUUGGUCGUUCUUAUAAUGACUUUCCUCAAGCUAUGAAGAUGUUCAUAGAUAGCCAUUUCAAGAUACUUGACAUGAAUGAGGACGGUGUAAUUGGUGCCGAAGAAUUUCGAUAUGAUUGUGCUUCAAGAAUUGCUGUGGAUAAUGUAGAUGUCCUCGAUAAAGCUUAUCAAAGUCUUUUAAACGAUGACGACAGAAGACGCGGUGGAUUGACUUUAUCACGUUAUCAGGAAUUAUACGCGCAAUUUCUCGGUAAUCCCGACGACAAUUGUCCAGCAAUUUACCUCUUUGGACCAAUAGGACAAGAAUCGUAACUGAAAUAUUCAUUAUUUCGAGAAGAUAUAAAUCUUUAUAUCUUUGUAUGUACAAAGUGCAUAAGCACACACAAAAUGUAUUUAAUAUCUGUAUUAAUUCUUGUAAAAAUUAUUAUAAAUAUUUUAUUGUACAAUAAAAAAAUUUUAUGUAUUAUACUUUGGAAAUUCUAAUAGAAAAUUCGUUUCUUCAUAAUAUUGUAUUAAUGACGCUAUUUUUCUAAAUUAUUAUGUCUUUCACCAUCCAUAACAAUAUAUAGUAAUGAUAAAAAUUCAGAAUAAUUAAAAAAAAAUGUUAUGUGUAAAUAAUUUCUUUCUGAAAUGUAAUUUUACUUCUUGAGAAAACUGUGAUAAUGUGUUGUUUAAUGAUUAUUUUUCAAAAUAAUUUACGUACGUGUGUAAAAUAAUACAUGCAUAUAAUGUAUAUGUAUGUGCAAUAGUAAAAAGUACAGAGAUUCUUGGAAAUAUAAUUAGACAAAAUAAUGUAACACAAUUAUAUAGUACAAACAGGAGAAAAUUUAUUUGUAUUUAUGUGACAACACAGUACGCUUUGUAUGCUAUUUGAAAUACUUCUCUGAGUUUCUGUUUUUCCUCUUUAUCCCGUCACAUCAAUUUAAUUUGACGUUUAUAUACUUUCUCAUUUCCUCACAAUACUUCAUAUUUAUAUCGAAGCUUCUAUUGAUAUGCAUUUUGUCAUACACAUGGUGCAGUAUAAAUCGAAGAUCAUUUACAAGUAGUAUUCCUCGAAAGGACCAGUAUGAUAUACAUUAAACUUAAUGAAAAGUAUCGCUUCAUACACAUAUCGAACACACGCUAUAUGUCUGCCAGACGAUACAGCAAACUUGCACAUUUUACGACAUAGUUUUAUAUAUGUAUAUACGAUUUAUAACAUUUUACGCAGUUAUCUCUUUUUUCCGUGUUUUACAUUCAUCUGCAGGUUCAAGUAUAUAUAUCGCAAUAACAACUUGAAAAAUAUUAACAACUUUAUAUCUAACAAAUUCUUUUCUUUCAUAAUUGUAUACACUGCCUGACGAGAGUAGUAUAAAAGUUUCACUCUAUAAAACCCUAUAAAACGUUCAAACCCGUGACGAGAAGUUCUUUCAAAAAAAGCAUCAAGCAUGUUGAAAAACACAUCGAUGUUAAUAAUUUAUUUGUUAGUUUUUAUCAUAUUUAUUGUAUAUAAACAAAAGAUAUUUGCAAAAUUUAUUGUAUAUAUUGAACGAAAGCACUUUAUGGAGAACUUACACCGAUAAAGCGUACUAAAAAAUAAAAUUGACAAAUCUACCCCGCGCAUUGGAAACAUCUAGCAAUUGUAUGUAAACUAUCCCAUUCUCUUUCAUUCAACAAAAAUCUUACAUAUUCCUAAGCAUUUGGCUAAAUUAUAUUAAAUUUAUGCAUGUAAUCAAUCAGUAAUCAAUUUUUUGUUGAAACAAUAGAAUGUAUUUGUUUAAUGUGUGAUUGCAAGACUUAUUAUGAAAAAAAAGUACUUAAAUACAUAUUUUAUGAUCCUCUUAAUUAGUUAUAAUUGUUCAAGUAUAAUAGAAGCACAGUUUGAAUUGGUCGAUUGCUAGAAUUCAUAAACAGAUUCGCAUUUCGUCCCUUUGACGUUUUUGCUUACUAAGGAUCAUAAAAUCAAUAUCUAUAUAAAUGUAUAACUAUAGUAUAUAUAAAUAAUCAAAUUGUUAAAAAUAGUGAUUGAAAAAUAGUGAUAGCCUUUUGCCCACAAUGCUUUAUCUCUUAUUACAAAUAGCAAUAAUAAACUUAGAUAUUUUAAAAGUAAUAUAUGAACCACAUGUUAUGCGAGAUUCUAAGCCACAUUUGUAUUAACAUGUCCCAUGUAAUUUAUCUAA